AUGCAAUCAAACGAAGAGUUCAUCAAAUUUCUUGGGGAAGGAUCUUGUGGCUAUGUUCAUCUCGUCCGUUACACUAACCACGACGGCUCUUCGUUUCUCGCGGCCGUAAAGAACUCCUACGACGAAGACUCCGACAACCUCAACAGAGAGCUUCAGAUUUUGCGAGAACUCAGAGGGUAUCCGAGGAUCAUUACAUGCUUCGGAGAUUUUCUGCAAGAAGGUGUCAGCAGCUACGGAAACAGAGUCCACAAAUUGCUUCUCGAGUACGCUUCUGAAGGUAGUUUAAACGCUUUCUUGAACAAUUACCCCGACAGAAAGUUGCCCGAACCAUUGAUCAAAGAUUUCACGCGCAUGAUUCUUGAAGGUUUGGUCUCCAUUCACGGACACGGUUAUGUCCACUGCGACAUAAAGUCCGACAAUAUUCUUGUGUUUCCUUCUCCGACAGAAGAUUCAUCACAGUACGAGGUUAAGCUUUCUGAUUUUGGAAACUCUCUGGAAGUCGGACAAGUUCCUCAUUACUGGGCGAAGGAUUCUCCGUGGGCGGGUACUCCGAUUUACAUGCCGCCGGAGUCUGUCCGUGACGGCGUCGCCAACAAAACCCUAGACUUAUGGUCGGUGGGAUGUUUGGUUCUAGAGAUGUACACGGGCGUGGUUCCAUGGGAAGGCGUUAAACUCAGUGAUAUCGCUUCUCGUCUCCGUUGUGGUGAAGCUCCAGAGAUCCCAGCGAGUUUGCCUUCCGAUGCAAAGGACUUUAUCGAAACUUGCUUGUCAAGGAAACCUGAGGAGAGAGGAAGCGCAUAUGAUUUGAUGUUUCAUCCCUUUUUGACUCGUCCAGAACUUGAAGAAGAGGAGAAGAAAACAGAGGAUAGGAAGAGAAACUCGUUUCUGUUGAGGUUGUUCAAAUUGAGAAUCAGACGAACAUGUUCCAAGAAGAAAUUAAGGACAGAUGUUUCAGAUAAGAAGCCUCUGAACUUGAGGAUGGCCCCACAGUUUAAGAGAACUCUGGACAAAGUCUUGAGUUUUGAAGAUCGAGACACCCACCAACUUCAAUUUAGUUUCUGUUCAGUGUUCACUAAACGUUUAAUAAGUGAUUAG